GCUAAAUACCGACUCUGUGGUUUGCUAGCACAGAAACAACUGUUUUUAUUUAGAGUUGUUCAGUCGGUUCAGAAAUGCAGCGCUCUGAUUGGCUGUUGAGAUAGCGUCACAUCAGCGUCAUAUCAGCGUCGUAUCAUUGGUUAAAAAAAGGCGCGAGGAUGUGGUCUGCUCUUGCGCGCGCCCUUUAAAUGCGCGUGAGCAGAAGGAGAUUAGCGCGGGAAUCUUGGCGGCGACUCUGUAAAAUGCCGUGCUCAGAAGUGACAGACGCGACCUCAGUGUCCCCUAUGAAGAAGAGCAGGACUGAGGAGAUGAAUGAAAAUAGCGGUAGCAUCGUGCUAAAGUUCGCUAAACUGUCUGAACACGCCACAACACCGACCAGAGGCUCUGCUAAAGCCGCCGGAUACGACCUGUACAGUGCGUAUGAUUACACCAUUGCGCCGAUGGACAAGGCCAUCGUGAAGACGGACAUCCAGAUCGCUGUUCCUGCAGGAUGCUACGGCCGAGUGGCUCCUCGCUCAGGUCUGGCAGCGAAGCACUUUAUCGAUGUUGGAGCCGGCGUGGUGGAUGAGGACUACAGAGGAAACGUUGGAGUCGUGCUGUUCAACUUCGGCAAGGAGACGUUUGAAGUGAAAAAAGGAGACCGAGUGGCUCAGCUAGUGUGUGAGCGGAUCUGCUAUCCUGACCUACAGGAGCUCAAGAGUCUGGAUGAGACGGAGAGGGGCGCUGGGGGAUUCGGCUCCACUGGGAGGAACUGAAACUGCUGCUCUUUUACUUUUCUUUGUUUAAAUAAAACUUUUUUUUGUAAUAAAUCUGUUACAGACGUCGUGUGGUCACCAAAUGAGUUUAGUGCUGGUGUUCUGCUUUAGGCCACCAGGUGGUGCUGCUAGUAGUGUUAGCUUAAAUUCACUUCCUACGAAAUGUUACACUCUUAUUCCGCUCGUUCAGCUACUGUAGCGUUAAAUAUUAUUUGGUUCCACAUCUGAGGGACUGGAUAACUUUUUAAAAUUAGGACACCCCAUUAAAUAUUCAGUUCUUUAUUAAUAAAUGUCAACAUGUCAA